AUGUCAGCAGCAGCCGCCGCCGCAGCAGCAGCUGUAGUCUGCCGCUCCAGCUCGACCACCAGCAGCUCCAGCGGCGCCGACAACUACCACCACCACCAACAACAAAACCGACUGUUAGUCACGCCGUCACUAACGGCAGCGCCGCCGGUGCUGAGCAGGUAUGAGUCGCAGAAGCGGCGUGACUGGAUCACGUUCGGGCAGUAUCUCAAGAACCACAAGCCGCCGCUGACGCUGUCGCGGUGCAGCGGGGCCCACGUGCUGGAGUUCCUCCGGUACCUAGACCAGUUCGGGAAGACCAAGGUCCACGCGGACGCUUGUCCGUUCUACGGGCACCCCCACCCGCCCGCGCCCUGCCCCUGCCCGCUGCGCCAGGCGUGGGGCAGCCUCGACGCGCUCAUUGGCCGGCUGCGGGCAGCGUUCGAGGAGAACGGCGGGCAGCCUGAGACCAACCCGUUUGGAGCUCGGGCGGUGAGGUUGUAUCUGAGGGAGGUGAGGGACAGCCAGGCCAAGGCCAGGGGUAUUGCCUAUGAGAAGAAGAAGAGGAAGAAAGUAGGGGCAUCGCAACAGCAACAGCAACAGCAACAGCAACAGCAACAGCAGCAGCAGCAGCAGCAGCAGCAGGAUGAGCUGGGGGAGGAGCAGCAGGGGCAACAGGGUAAUUUCGGUUCAUCAGGUUAUGGCUAUGGUGUUCUCGGUGGGGGAAGUGAUGGGUCAGCAAAUAGGGUUGUGCUUGUUGGAACUGCUUCUUCCACUACUGCUAGGGGCUCUAUGAUCCCUUUGUCAGCGCUAAACUAA